AUGUGGACUGCUUUUAUGAACGGUUCGGGGCUGCACGGUGGGGGCGAUGCCGGUGGGGGUUACGUCCAGUCUCAGGGAUGGGAGUUUGUGCCGUGCUCCGGGAUGGAGAGGAAAGAUAGAGGCAGGGGCAACAGCCGCAGCCCGCUGAGGAGGAUCUCUUCUCCGCCCACUGUCUUCAGCCAGCUCUACGAGACACAGUUCGGUACUUCUCCGGGCGCAGGAGAAGGUGGCGCAGCGACACAACUCGAAGUCCUCAGGGGACAAAUGUGGCAAGGACCUGAACUCCAGCAGCAACAGCCAACACAUCACACGCGGCUCAGAAAGAAAUUUGAUGAUUUGAAAAAGCGACACGUGCAGGACAAGCAGGAAUGGAUGCGCGAGAAGGAGUCAUUGUUGAGAGAAGUGGCUGACAUUCAAGGAGGGGAGAACCGGAGGAUUCUGCUGGACCUGAAGACGGUUUUGGAGGAAGUGCAGGUAGAGGUGAAGAGAGAGGAGGAGAAGAGGAGUGAGCUCCAGCUGCAGUACACCAGGGACAGAUGUGCCUGGGAGGUGGAGAAGGCUGAGCUCCAGUGCAGGAUUGCACAGUUGGAGGCUAGAGAGCGUGCUGAGUUGGUCAGUGGAAGGGUCCAGACAGCGGCAGGUCCUGGCUCUGUUGCGUCACGGAGCAAUCGAGAGCAGCGUGGCGAGACUUCGACGCUCCGCCGGGAGAGGGAAGAGCAGCGGAGGCUCCUGGCAGACACACACUCGACAGCCAUGGACCUGCGCUGUCGCCUGGAUCACAAUGAGAGGGACUGGUCAAGGGAGAAAGCCGAGCUGCUGGAGAGGUUUGAUGUGGAGAGGAAGGAAUGGGAGAGCCAGCUGAAAGAUAUGCAGAAGAAAAUAGAAGAGUUGUACUGUGAAGUGAGGGCCAAGCGAGAAGAGACCGGACUGGACACAGAGAGGCAGGACGAACACAAUGUCGUGCAUCGGCUCAGCAUGCGUUCAACCAGCACCGGCUCCAGUCUGCUCAGUGACAACUCCCACUCCCAGCCGCUCAGCAGCAGCAGUCAGUCAGAACUGAGCAGACACCCACCAUUACCUGGUUUUGGUUGCAAUAGCAACAUCAGUGGGAGUGGUGGGAGAGAUAGCCAACAAUCCAGCUGUUUCCAAGCAGACAACCACUGUGAUUUUAAUGUUAGUGGUCAGUUUACUCAGAAUGACCAUGUACAUGCAGAGCUGCUGGAUGAAUUGAGAUCCAGAGGCCCUUGGAAGCAAGUCACUGAUAUCAGGGAGGCUGUUGAUACAUUGGAGCUGGAGGCUAUUUUUCAUGGAGCUAUUGGAUGUGGAGUGGUACAGAAAAAUGGCUCUGAAGGGAAUGAAAGGAAUGUUCACGUUGAUAGUCAAGAAAGUCUUCUUUGGGAAGAGCUGAGUUUCAGCAGCACCAGGAAGAAGAACACCACUGCUCUCAAUGCUGCUCUGAAGGAGAUUGCCCGUGUCAGUGAGGAGCUUUGUAGCUACCAGGAUGAGAUCAGAAAGAAGAGUGUGGAUAAGAGGAAUCAAUCUGACUCCCUGUGCCUCCCGGAGGAGAGGGAGAUGCUGCCAGGGCACGAUAAGACCAGACAGGAGCUGGAUGAAUCACCCUGCGACCUCAGCCAGAUCUACGAUGACCUUCGGGCCUUGGGGAGGGAAAACUGGAUCACCUUGUCACCAGAUAACACCUGGCAGGCUGACAGGGGGCCAGACGAAUCCUGGAGAAUGAGUGCAACGGAUCCAGACAGCUACCGAGACACACAGACGAGCCCUGGAGUACUCUCUGAGAUGGAUAUACCAGCCCCGCCCAUCCCUCCCCGCACCUCCUCCUGGAAUCUGAGUAGCCCAACCGAUCCAGACACAGAGCUCCACAUCCCAGAAUCCCCCAUGGCGACAGUGAGGAAAUGCCACAGCCCGUGUGUUUUAGUGGACAGAAAGUGUAGCAGCCCAUCCAUUGUCCGGAAGUUUGGGGCUAUGCUGCAAGAAAAUGAAGGAAAGGUUUUAAUAGAUGGCAAGGUAGCAUCGUGUGCUGUACCUGUUAACUCUAACUGUAACGUUGGCUGCUGCCAUAGCCGCUGGUCCUGUGAUGCAAGUAAAUUCAUUAACAGUAAGUUAUCUGCAUAUGGGACUGUCCAGAAAAGUUUCUCUGAGGUCAACAUAUUGGAUGCUGGAAAAGACUCAGAUUACAGCCCUGGUGUUGGGAACAUACAAAGCCCUGAGCUACAAAUCCCUCCUUUUGUCAAAGAUUUACCUGUAGAGCUGUUAUUGUCCUCUCUGGAAAUAACACCUGCCAGCUCCAACAUCCAGGGCUCCAGAAGAAACAUAAUGCUGGAACAAAAAACAGCUGAGUUCAACAGAACUUUGUUUCAGGCGGAGAUGGGCCGUGGGGUGGAUGAACAAGACAGUUUUACAGUAACAGAUGCAUGCUCAUUGGGUUGCCAACCAGACCUUUCAGCAGCUUAUGCGUCAGAUGAGGUUUUACUUCCCAGGGAGAGUAAAUUUCAGCCACAUUUUACUGAUGUCACUGCUAGCGUCACAGGCAUACAUCCUGAAGUCACAUUGUCUCUGCCCACCUUGGAUUCCCCUAUUCAGAACCCCGAGGUCCAACCGAGGCGAGGUAGAUGUGGUACUGAAGCUCAAAAAGUCAGAGUGAGGCAAGAAAUUCCAUCUGGCCUUUCACCUGAACAGCCACAGGCUGGACUCAGGGAGGCAUCCACAUCUCAGAGCCCUGCACACCAUUCUGAGGUCAAGCACAAACUUCGGACAGCGAGCAGUCCUUCCAGGAAAACACACCACAGAGCAGUCACAGAGGCUCCCUUUUCUGAGCCUGCCUUGCCUGCAAAUACCCAGCCAGGUCAGAAUGUGGAGCGUUCCAGCUCCAAGAAUGAGAAUCCCCAUGGAGCGAAGCCUCAGCCAGCCAGGGUUGGUGUCUCACUCCAGCAGCCCUCUGCUGAGAACAAACAAAGACAGAUGACACAGCCAGGGCAUCAGGCACAGCCAAAGCAUGCAUCUGUUCCUCUCUCCCAGUCUGACUCCUCCAGACCUGGACCCCGAAUGAUGAAUGACCAUCCCUGGAAGCCCCUCACUCUGGCUGCCUACCCACGGCCUGAGGGAUCCAGGUCCAACUACGGGGCAGUGGAAAGGAUUCUGAAGAAUUAUGAGAGUGCAGCCCGGGCUCAACAGAACCACAGCCUACAGAGUGAAAUGACUGCAAGCCCUAACGUCAGUGUCAAGCAGGAGGAGAACGCCACAGAACUGGACAUGCUGGACAUACACCCCCUGCUCUUACCUCCUACUCUGAGACACACACACAGCCACGGUGUCAUGGGAGUAACAGAGAUACAGCUUGCAGUGCAGCUCCGGUGGGAAUGUUGUUUAUUUCUGGAGAAAGACAAGUCUUGCUUCUCCUCUUCCUCCAUCCAGAAGAACUUCUCGAGGCCUGCUCGUCCAGCCAAUCGACGCCUCCCGUCCCGAUGGGCCAGCCGCUCCCCCACUUCCUCCUCCUCCACCUCCUCAUCUCCCUCUACAACCCCUGUCGUACCUCCAUCCUUCCCGCUCCAGAAACACACCUCCUCCUUUACCUACUCACAUGCCUUUCACAUAGAGACUGUCAUCAUUUGAUCUUCACCUUGAACAACCAGAAGCCUACAAUGAUAACCUUCCCUGUUCUCUCCAUUACUGUUGUACAUACCAAACCCAGACUGAUCUCCACUCCCCCAGACUCAGAAGUGCUUUAGUUGUGGGUUUGCCAACUCACUUUUAGAAUGUAUGUGGCAUUCAGUGGAGCCAAGCUGAAAGUCAAGAAAAGGAUCUGA